AUGCAGGGAGUGUUUGUCCGUGACGCUUUGUAUGGCGUGGGCGACAACACUACGGCGAAGCAGCUGCGUAAGGCAUUCGAUGCGCAGGCCUUUGCCUGGUUUGCGGGCACCUACCACAACUUCCUCGCCAUCUACUCCUCCUCAUCGCGGCACCUCGAACGCCGAGCUGCUGCCCAUAUUGACAAUCUCAGAAAUCGCCGUUCACAACCGGGGUGGCGUGAGCUGUACAUUGAACACAAGCGGCUGCUUCAAGACCGUGCAUGGCAGCUGGACCGGCUGAUGCUGGCCAUCGACGCUGACGGGAGACGUGCGCUGGACGUGGCCCGGAGUCCUGAUCAGGCCGAGGGUUCUCCGAUGGCUCGAGUUGUAAAGGACGCCCUUCGGCGAGCAAGUGUUGCUGGCCCCACUCUCUAUUCCAGGCUGUAG